GCCACUGCUGAUUGUGUCUCAAGUCAUGAUAACAGAGGUUGAGCACAUCGACAGAAAGUUUUUGGAUCUUUGAGAACAGACCUUUUGAGAAGUUUAGUUUGUUGUACUAUUUUGUUGCUUCUUGCUACAUUUCGGCCUCUUUCUUUUGGGGAAACCCUCUGUUUGAGUUUCUCUGUGUAAACAAGGUGCGGGGGAUUACCGUAGCUGUCUUAUCGGCUCGUGACCUUGCUUCAGGGAAGAUGCUGAGAGCUGUGAAUCUUAUCCGAAAAUUCCAGGAGCAAAAUCAGCGCGCUUGCAGUAUCCAAAUGGAUGUAAGCAAAAGCGAACCCCAAGAAGUGGGCCCACCGGCAAACUUGUUCGGCGAGCUUCCUUGCCAGGUGGCUGUCAACCUGGAGUUCAACAACCUCUCUUUGACCGUCCAGCAGGGGUUCUGCUGGAAGAAGAAAGGUUUCAAAACACUCCUCAACAAUCUGUCCGGACAAUUCAACAGCAAAGAGCUCACUGCUAUCAUGGGACCUUCCGGAGCUGGCAAGUCCACAAUGAUAAAUGUCCUGGCUGGAUAUAGGGAAACUGGCAUGACAGGCCAAAUCCUGGUAAACGGUCACUCGAGGGACUUGGUGGAAUUCCAGAAGAUAUCAUGCUGUAUCAUGCAAAAUGAUGUCUUAAUGCCUCACCUCUCAACUGAGGAGGCUAUGAUGGUGGCAGCCCACUUAAAACUAAAUGAAUCAUUGCAGGUCAAAAAGGAGAUAGUGAACAAAAUCUUGACAGUUUUAGGCCUGAUGAGCUGUGCUAAAACACGCACCAACAAUCUCUCAGGUGGCCAGUCGAAAAAACUUUCGAUUGGUCUCGAGCUGGUCAACAAUCCGCCUGUCAUGUUCUUUGAUGAGCCCAUCAGUGGUUUGGACAGUGCAACAUCCAUCCAAGUCAUCUCUCUCCUGAAAUGUCUGGCUAACGGAGGCCGGACAAUCAUCUGCACUAUUCAUCAGCCCAGCAGCUUCCGCUUUCAGAUGUUUGAUAAGCUGUUCAUUCUCAGCCAAGGCCAAUGUAUAUACAGAGGCACAGCCUCUCACCUCAUCCCUCACCUGACCACCCUCAACCUUCAUUGCCCAAACUAUCACAAUCCAGCGGAUUUCAUCAUAGAGCUGGCGACGAGAACGCAAGGGGACAUGCAAGCCGUGUUAUGUCAGGCCGCUCAAAGCAGCCCGUGCUGUGAGAAGAGCGUAGAGGACAACCAGGGUUCCGCCACGGAUUUGGAAUCGGAGCUAACGCCCGUUGAAUUGCCGAAGUUUGCCACAAGUAUGUUCAAACAAUUCUCCAUCCUGUUUAAAAGGAACCUGACAGUGAUACACAGAGACAAGAUGCUGACCUCCAGGAGGUUGACCUCCCACAUGGUGAUGGGACUCCUGAUCGGCCUGCUUUACUUCGACAUCGGAAACAAUGCCAACUUUGCCAUGGACAACACCGCCUACCUUUUCUUCUCCCUGUUGUUCCUCGUGUUCGCCGCCCUGAUGCCCACCAUUCUCACCUUUCCUUUGGAAAUGUCCGUGAUUAUCAGGGAGCACUUAAACUCCUGGUACACCCUACAUGCAUACUAUCUGGCGAAAACAUGUGCGGAUGUACCCAUUCAGAUGACCUGUCCAAUCAUGUACUGCACUAUUGUGUACUGGAUGACGAGCCAGCCUCCAGAGGCCGUUCGCCUCUUGUUCUUUGUCUCCUUUUCUACAUCAGUCGCUCUGGUCGCUCAGUCACUGGGGCUGCUCAUAGGGGCAGCAUCUCCGUCACUGCAGGUCGCCACCUUUGCCGGGCCGAUCACAGCCAUUCCCAUCGUCUUGUUCUCGGGAUUUUUCAUCAGUUUCCAAAGCAUUCCUUUUUAUCUUCGGUGGACCUCUUACACUUCCUAUGUCAGGUAUGGCUUCGAGGGAGUGCUCCUCUCCAUCUACGGGUUGGAUCGCAAAAAUCUGGAAUGUAAGGAGAAGGUUUGCAACUUUGAAGAACCCAAAAACAUUCUGCAAAUGCUGGAUGUGGCCGAAGGCAAGAUCUACAUUGAUUUCAUUAUCUUAGGAGUUUUCUUCACUAUCCUCAGGGUGGCAACUUAUCUAGUUCUGCGCUAUAGAGUGAGAGCGACCCGUUAAUUUUGAGUAAAUGUCCGUUGACUGGGAUGUUACUGCAACCUUUGCUGGUCAAAUUAAAUUCGGUUGUAGUGUACCACGAGUGUGCAAGUAUUAUGUUAACUGCCAACGUUUUUGUCAAGUAAAAGAUUUACAGCAUUUCAAGAACAUACCCCGGUCUUCGCCCCUCCCUCACCUUCUAUGCAUGACUUCCUGACUUGACUACUGCAACAGCAUUCUCUUCGGUUCUCCCAAGGGCGUAGGUUUGCGUAGGGACAUAACACUACCAACUUUUUAGGAUGCUCAAAUUGUCCCCACCAACUUUUAAGCAACCUUAUUUGCAUUAUACAAUGACUUCAGCUGUAAAGGUAAUUUAGAUUGUCUUCCCAUAUAUUGUUAGGAUAGAAUUGACCCUACCAUUAUACAGUGAAUUACUUUCAUUAUGUUCAGACUUACAUUUACCCCUUUUCACUUGUUAUUUAGUAGUGCCAGUCCAUUUUUUUCCCUCAAACGCACGUUUGAUUGGUAGAUGACUAGAACCCCCACAUUCACACAAUCCCGACAGAAAUGCAUGUCAGUAUGCUACCUCCACCGUUCCCUUUGAAGAGGAGGGAUAUUAGACGUUUUUUUUCCAGCCAGCAGCAGCAGCCACUGUAAGUAAUGUAAAAAGAUGUCAAUGUUGUGGAGGUGGGGAACACACCACUAAUAAUUUUGCUCCUAAAAGUCCAACCAGCAUCAGAGUCUGCAUAACAUUAAACUGUGUGAACUUGCUAACCUGUAAAGCUCGAGUAGAAAGCUGCUUAGAGAGGUGUCUUCCUGUAUAUUUUGUACUGUUAAUAUUAAUUCAACUGUGCAUUUUGUGCAUUUAUUCAUUAAUUAAAAUGUUUUUUUUUACAUCAUUAAAAUAUAUAUAUAUAUAUAUAUAUAUAUAUAUAUAUAUAUAUAUAUAUAUAUAUAUAUAUAUAUA